GAUCCUUUGGGUGGCGAAGGAACCACUGCUGGGAUCUCAAAGUGGUGUGUCGGUUCUUCUCCUAGAAAGUUCGUGUACUGAACAAUUUAACAUGUGGCACCUCAGAUUGUUGGCCCUUGGAUUAGUGUUCAGUUUUGGCUGUGCGGAACAGAAGAAGCCCAACAUCAUUGUCAUCGUUGCCGACGAUUUGGGUUGGAACGAUGUCGGUUUCCACGGCAGUGAUGAAAUCCCUACGCCGAACAUCGACGCUUUGGCCUACAACGGCGUGAUACUCAACAGUCAUUACACUCAGGCGCUCUGCACACCAUCAAGAGCCGCAUUCUUAACUGGGAAAUACCCAAUCCAUUUAGGGAUGCAACACAUUGUCAUUUUGGAACCAGAACCUUGGGGACUUCCCCUUAACGAAACGCUUCUACCUCAACAUUUGAAAAACAACGGCUACAAGACACACGCUAUUGGAAAGUGGCAUCUGGGUUUCUUCAAAAAGGAGUACACCCCAACGUACAGAGGAUUUGAUUCUCACUUUGGUUAUUGGCAAGGACUUCAAGACUAUUACAAACAUACAGUUCACUCUUCGUUUACUUCUGAAUAUGGUUAUGACAUGCGUAGAAACAUGACAGUAGACUGGGACGCCCAAGGGAAAUACUCCACAACGUUGUUCACCGAAGAAGCAGUGAAACUCAUUAAGGAACACAACACUGACGAUCCGAUGUUCAUGUAUUUGGCCCACUUGGCUCCACAUUCAGGCAACGACGACGAUCCACUUCAAGCACCUGACGAAGAAAUAGCGAAAUUUUCUUACAUCCAAGAUCCAGAAAGAAGAAUUUAUGCUGCCAUGGUUUCAAUGCUGGAUAAGAGUGUUGGAUCAGUGGUGGCGGCUUUGAGAGAGAAACAUAUGCUGGAGAAUUCCAUUAUUGUUUUCAUGUCAGACAACGGUGCACAACCUGAAGGCAUUCACGCCAAUCAUGGUUCUAACUAUCCAUUAAGAGGAGUCAAGGACUCAGGUUGGGAUGGUUCUCUCAGAAAUGUUGCUGCCAUUUGGAGUCCCUUAAUUAAAAAGUCUCAAAGAGUCUCUAAUCAUUUGAUGCAUGUCUCCGACUGGCUGCCCACUUUCUAUUCGGCUGCAGGUCUCAAUAAAAGUGAAUUGCCAGCAAUGGACGGCGUGGAUAUGUGGAAGACCAUUUCCGAGGGAGCCAAAAACCCAAGAACAGAACUUCUUCACAAUAUCGAUGACCUCUAUCCUUAUGGAGCUUUGAGACAGGGUGACUGGAAAUAUUUGUACGGAUCAACUAGUAAGGGUAAAGCUGACGGGUGGUACGGAACAUCCGGGAAACAAGAAUCAUACCAUUACGAUGAAGAUUUAGUACUUUCUUCGCCUGCGGCUAAUGCGUUUGCUGGCAUAAUCACAUACCAACAAAUAAAAGAAAAGAACGACAAUCAGCACCAUCAUGACUUCAACUUCACAAUCAAUAUUUUGGACAAAGAGAAAAUUCAAAGUAUUAGAGAAAGCGCUGUUGUCAAAUGCAAGAGAGUAAACUUAGAAGAACAAGAUCCAACAACCGUUUGUAAACCAAUGGAAUCGCCUUGUCUGUUUAACAUCAUUGAAGAUCCUUGUGAAAUGAUAAAUCUCGCAAUUUCAAGACCAAUGGUGGUAGCAAAUAUGGAACAAACCAUGAUGAAAUACAGGAAAUCAGCCAAGCCUAUAAUCAACGUGCCCAGGGACCCAAAUGCUGACCCAAUUAAAUGGAACAACACCUGGACCAACUGGCAAGACUGUGAUGUCAUCAUCAAACACAAAUUGUACAAUACGUUGUCACCAUUAACAAUAGGAUUAAUUUCUGCCGCUUGUUUCGCCUUCUUCAUCAUUGUGGUUGUAUUAACGUGCGUAAACCGCAUGAGAAAACCAAAGAGAAGCAGACCCAAUUCUUAUUUCGAAGAACGCGACGAGACCACUAUUCAAAUAACACCCAAAGAUAAUAUGUUUGAAGAUAGAGAACUGAAACUGAUGGAUAAUAUCAGGAGAGACAGUAGGACAGUGGAGUGAAAAUCAUUAGUGCAGUUUUCAUUGAAAAACUGCAUUUAAUGUACAAAAAGUAUUAUCGUUUCGGUGAUUUCUCAUAGAAAUCAAUGGAAACUGCCUAGAUUAAGAUAAUUUAUUGUUUAGUAUAAGAGAUAUACUUGUAAAUAAAGUUUUUUAUUUCA